UACAAUUGUUUACAGAUUUCCCGAAAUCAUUUUCAAAGGAUCAUUCCGAAUUGCCUUUAACUUUAAUUUGAUUUAUUUCGUAUUUAAUUACGAAUACUAUGGACGCGUCACAAAGCCAAUCCCAAACGGAGGGGUCGGCCCAAGAUGCUCGCAUUUUGUGUCUGCAAAAUCUGAUCGAAAAGAAUAUUGAGCUAGAGCAGCAGAUCGAAAGCAACACCUUUGGCCAGUCUAUCGCAGCCAUAGAGGAAAUCAUUCAAACAGCCGACAACAUCAGCAAGGGACAUGAAGACCGCCGUACAAACUCCACGGAACUUGUCCUGGACACGGAGUUACUGCGUCGCAAUCACGACGUUGUGGCCAAAGCUAUCCAGCAUAACACAAACUUUACGGACCGAAUGCUGGUCACGGCGAUCAACGAUUUGGUUUUCAAAGAGCACGAAGAGGAUUGGGAUGCAGUAUGUUCAUUGGCCAUUCAGUUCGGAAGACCGCUCUUCACCAAUGACAGUAUGCUGCCCUUCAUAGAUGUUACUCCAAAGGAGGUGGUUCAGAAGCAACGUGCUCCCCGCAAGACGAAAUCUCAAGUAGAUGAGAAGCGUCCGGAAAAGAGUGACCAAUUGGAACGCAAGGACGAAGGAGCAGCGUCCGUUACCCACAUGAUGAAACAAAUAAGACAAAUAUAUCGAGAGGGCAAUCAACAGCCGAUUCCGUAUUUUAAACUAAUUUGCGAUCCAAACAACUUUAUGGACACUGUUCAGAACGCCUUGCAACUUUCCUUUCUUGUGAAGGAGAACUAUAUUUCCAUCGAAAACGGCGAGGAUGGUUUGCCAUUGGUCCGCGUUGUGAAUUCAAAAUCAGUCGAAGGAAACGAAACGGCCCAGGCUAUUUGCUCCAUCGAUGUUUCCUUUUGUGAGAAAAUGAUAAAGCACUACAACUUACGUGAGCCCAUGUUGAAAAAACUCCCAUUUAGUGAAAGCUAGAUACACAACUUAGUCUCUCUUAAUAGUUUAUAAUGUUAUUAAUAAAACGUACAGAAUGUUUUAAGUUACUUAUCUCCUGCAUUCAAUUUUAUUCUACCACCGAAUACUAACACAUAUGAAUGUUAUAAAUAAUCGGGUAAUUGAAAGUGUUCUUCCCCCCAAACAUUAAGUAAUUAACGUAAUAUCAACACAAAAUCAUUAAAUGAAUUUUAUUACUCAAACAGUUACUUCACAGUUCAAACAGUUCCCCCAAUAUUUUACUACGAAUCCGCCCCUGCCAUUAUGUCAAUUUUUAUGACCGCCUACAAAUUGUGAAAUAUGUAGUAGGGGCACUUGUGAAGUUAUAGCAAUAAUAAGAAACUAAAUAUUAGAUAGACAUGGCUUUUUAUAACUAUAGAUAUUUAUUCGAUAUUUAAUUCUGUCUUGGAUUAUGUUGUAAAUAGUUCUAAUAAUAUAACGUACCUUUGCACUUUUAAUGCUACCUGCCCUCAAUAAAAUUACACUAUUAAAAUGCAUUGCAUAGCGGAAAAAUGAA